AUGUCAUGGGUGGUUGUUAAGAUGCAACAGCAGCAGGAAGUGAAUGCACGUUUAUUGUUGAGAGUCGCUGAGCUGGAGGCUAUCGUAUUUGAAUUAUCUGACAUUAUCAGCGACAGUGGCAAUAACCGUAAUAAUGAGUAUUUGCAAAAUAAUGAAAAUAGCAAAAUGAUUAACAGGAACAUUUCAUUUAAUAGCUCGAUAUACAAUGAUGAAUCACUUGCGAUGAAAUCUCAAAGUAGCAUUUAUGAACAAAGAACAUCUAGUGUAGAUGCACCAGGUACUCUGUAUAUUCGCUGGGGUCGCACAACGUGUCCUUCAACUGCCGAAUUGGUGUAUGAAGGUGUCAUUGGUGGUGAAGAUUUUGAUAUCGACGGAGGUGGUUCAAACUUUCAGUGUCUGCCACUAGAUCCGAUAUGGGAUAAUCCCAUGGGUGGUACCGAUACUUAUCGCGGUAGGAUGUAUGGUACUGAAUAUAGUACUCAUACUUUUGUACCUUUUUCCGAUCUUCAUCAUCACGACGCUGUCUGUGCUGUAUGUUUGGUUAAAUCUCGUAGCAGGCUUUUAAUGAUUCCAGCUCGCAAUGUAUGUCCCUCAGAGUGGACAAGGGAGUACUAUGGUUAUUUGAUGACAUCAAGGCAUACACAUCUACGUACAGAGUUCAUAUGUGUUGAUCGCAAUGCUGAAUCGCGGUACGGAAGCAGUGCUAACGUGAAUGGAGUUUUAAUAUAUGCUGUUGAAGGUGUGUGUGGAUCGUUACCGUGUGAUCCAUAUAUUGAAGGGCACGAAUUAACGUGUGCUGUGUGCACAAUAUGA